AUGACUGACAGACUCGAUAUUGUCGACACUCGAGAAGAUCUGGAAGUUGAUGAGUCCAGUCUGCCGCCUCCCUACCAAGAGAUAGACCAUGGACCACCUCCAUCGCAGACAUCUACGUCACCCUCAUCAUCAUUAUACUACCGCCGUUUCCCAUCGACAAUGACCAUUAAAGCUGGUUUGUCACGAUCUUUCACGAUUUGCGACGCUGUCUCGAACGAGGCCAUAUACCUGGCGGAAUUCCACCCCUCCGGCUGGUCCUGCACAAAGCCGCUAGGGGCCAGAGCAGGCUUCAUUCUGCAUAACGGCGUGAGCAGCAAUGAUGCCAUCCUUGCAGCAGCUGGAGAUAUUACCGUCUUCGAACAAAGAAUCAACCCUUUCUGCAACAGGAGCCACAUCUUACUUCCGCCGCUUCAGACAAAGGAAAACACGCAGGCGUUGCAACACCCGACUGUAACGGAGGUAAUGACUGGCAAAAUAACUGCAGAGAAAGGAAUCGUCUUCCGGUUCUCUGUUGAGGCCGGACGGGUAAUGCAGAGACAGACGUUCGAAUGGAGGAAGCUCGCCAAAGACGACUCGUGGCAACUGGUGAGACACCCCAGUUCAUUACGAAAGACAUCAUCCGAUGGAGAGGUAGUUGCAACCCUGUCAUGGGUGCCUGUUCUCCUCGCAAUUGCACUCGAUCCUUUAAACGUGCAGCCAAUCUGCGUCAAUAAGUUUCCUUUAUUACAAGACUGGGCAAAGAUCUCUGUGAGGCGGGCUUUGUGUUAG